GUCCGAUCCGUUUACAGUCACGGCCCCGUCCCUACAUAUAGAACCUCGUGCGCUUCCAUACAGUUGUUCUCCGAAGGUAGGGUUUGCAGAAACUUCGGCACCGCGCGACGCGAAAGCGACAGAUCCCGGGUUAUGCAACACUCUGUGAAGUGUGCAGGCUAGGAAUCUCACGGCAUGGCGACUCAGAUCAGCAAAAAGAGGAAGUUUGUAGCCGAUGGAGUGUUCUAUGCCGAGCUCAACGAGGUCUUGACCAGAGAGCUCGCCGAGGAUGGAUACUCUGGUGUGGAGGUCAGGAUCACGCCUAUGCGGAUCGAGAUCAUCAUCAGGGCCACCCGCACGCAAAACGUUCUCGGAGAGAAGGGAAGGAGGAUUAGAGAGCUGACUUCGGUGGUGCAGAAGCGGUUCAAGUUUCCAGAGAAUGGCGUGGAGUUGUAUGCCGAAAAGGUUAAUAACAGAGGGCUGUGCGCCAUUGCCCAGGCUGAGUCGCUCCGGUACAAGCUCCUUGGUGGGCUGGCCGUGCGCAGGGCUUGUUAUGGUGUUCUGCGGUUCGUUAUGGAAAGUGGAGCAAAGGGUUGUGAGGUAAUUGUCAGUGGGAAGCUGAGGGCUCAGCGUGCCAAGUCCAUGAAGUUCAAGGAUGGCUACAUGAUUUCUUCUGGUCAGCCCGUCAAUGAGUACAUUGACUCUGCUGUUAGACAUGUUCUCUUGAGACAGGGUGUUCUUGGUAUUAAGGUCAAGGUUAUGCUCGACUGGGACCCUAAGGGAAAACAAGGUCCCAAAACGCCUCUGCCUGAUCUUGUGACCAUCCAUCCUCCCAAGGAAGAAGAGGUGUACACGGGACCUGUUCUAGAGACGACAGACAUCGAUGUUGCUGUUCCGAUGGCCUAAACCAUCAUGUUUACUAAAUUCUUGUCACAGCGGAUGCUAGUCCUUGGACUGAUUUUAGGGCUUUUGGUUGCCGACGUUGCAGUAGUUUGCCAGAUGCUUUCUUGUUUAUCCACCUG